UACUAAAACUGGUUUGCUGGUUGUAUCCUUUUGUCUUGAAUAAGUUUGUAAUAGCAUGUUCCAAUUGUUUUGUUGAUUCUUCCGAAGCGAUAACUGGAGGAACUUUUCUUGUUUGAUUUGAUGAAGUAAAUCUAUAUUGUCCCACAGAUUUUGUGGAUAAUCUUAUAAAGAAUCUGCGGCAUAUUGGGGCUGUUAGAUUCAUUUUUGCAUAUAAUUUGGUUGACAAGUAUAGACUAGUUAGUAUCGUCAUGCUGCAACUAGAGAUGCAGAAAGCAAAAGAGAUUUCGUAUGAAGUUGUUCGCAGAGAAAAACACCGUGAACCAAAGGUUAAGGCCAGAGAUACAGAAAUUGCUAGUCUGAAGGAUAUUCUACAGUGCAUUUCAGAUUGCAACCUAGAGCAUCACCACAAUCUAGUUGGUGAGAUUAAAAAGCGCAUUCUUGUGUUAGAACAAGAAAACCAUAAGGAAAAUAGUGUUUCCAUCGCAUCAGAUUCAGAGUCUUCUUCCAAAGAAAAGAAACGCGCUAGAAAAGCAGUCUCUAAGAAUCAAGUUAAAGAGCAACAGCUUGCCCAAAAGAAGACUUAUGAUGUAGCAGGUACAAAGAAUCAAGUUAGAGUGCAACACCGUGAAGAAAAACAACCUCAAGUUGAAAUGCAACAAAUUCAAGAACGGAAACAUGUCAAUUAUCAGGAAUACUAUGAUAAUAGUAGUCGUUAA